UUGAUCUUUGUUGUUAUUUCUAUAAAUUGCAGUAGUGUGAAAGACAAGAAAAGUGGAGCUGGAUGGGAUGGCACGGACAGUUCGGAAGUACAACGUGAAGCAUUCCGUCGACCACGUGAUGCUAUACUCGUUCUGGCAUCUACCUUCAUUGAAAAAGCGAGCCCUCGGCUGAAGGAGCUUAUCAAAUUAUCAGUUAACAUAGAACAUGUUAAAAUUCCUGAAUUAUUCGAUCAUAAAUGUCACGUUAAGUUGAGUGAAAUCGCGCUCGCAUUGUUGAAAGUUGCACCCUACGAUCUUAAUACGAUGGCUUGCCUGGGAUUGCAAAAGUACUUCACCGUGAUUCUUCCUGUCACUGACUGGUCAGUGGAAGGUAAUCGAUCAGCGCUCAAUUUUGUUUUGCGACGGUUGGACAAAACCAUACAAAAAAUUGGCAAAAAAAUGGUACUUCGGCGGCGUACAAAUUGGGCUGCGUUGACGAGCUGGCUAAAUGGAUUGUAUCAGACGUUGGUCGCCUAUCCCUAUAUCGCACAUUUGCAUCCGCUCAAGGUUUCAUUCCUUCAAAUAAGUUGCACUUCAUUCGCUCGGCCCCGCCAUACGUUGCUGCGAUGGUGGAAAGCGUAG